AAAAUUAAAAGUUAAUAGAGAUUAUAUAGUAAAAGGUGAAUGCUAUUUAUUUUCAGUUUAAACAACAAUGAAAAUAUCUAAUUAUAUAUAAAUAGAUGGAUUGUUAAUAUUAACUAAUUAUAAAUUAAAUUUCGUUGCUUCUAAUAACUCUUAUUCUGAAAAAUAUAUAGAUAGAGAAAAAUAUUUAUUUAUAACUUUAGGUCAUAUAAAUAAAAUUGAAAGGAAUAUGGAAAAGAAAGGACCUGCUUAUAGUAAUAUUGAAAUAUAAACAAAAGACGGUAGAAUGUAUUAUUUUUUCUUUUCCCCUUAAAAUUCAGAAAAUUCAUAUCAGCUUUAUAUUAAAACUUAUAGAUAAGCUUUUCCAGAAGAUAUUAAAAAAUGUUUUGCCUUUAUUUAUGGAUAAUUUGAUAAUUAAUUAGAAUUAGAUUAUCAAGGGCAUAAAAUAUAUGAUAGUUAUCAAGAGUUUUCAAGAUAAGGAAUUGAUGUAGCUCCUAUAAACAUAAAUAUAUAAGAUAGUAAUAUUCAAAAUCAAAAUUAUAUGUUUCGUUAUAUUGAUAAUAGUUUUGGAUAAAUUUGUCCAACAUAUCCUCCUUUAAUAGCAAUUCCAUUCAAAGUAUCUAAUGAAUAUGCAAUAAAAUGUUCUCGUUAUCGUUCUAGAGAAAGAUUACCAGCAUUAACAUAUGCAUAUAAGAAAAGGAAUAGUCAAGAAUUUACGACUUUAUGGCGAUGUGCAUAAUGUAAGCCUGGUAUAAAUUAAAAUCGUUCAGCCGAAGAUGAACAUAUGUUAAAAAUGAUUCGAAAUAAUAGCUUAAACAAUUUAAAAAUUUACGAUGCCAGACCUUUUUUAAAUGCUGUAGGUUAGUAAUUAACAGGAAAAGGUUACGAAAUAAUUGAUUUUUAUUAAAAUUGUGAGCUUGAAUUUUUAAAUAUACACAAUAUUCAUAAAAUAAGAGAUUCAUUAAAAAAAAUGUUUAUCGCAGUGAAUUCAAAUACACAAGAUUAUCUUAAAGAUGUUGACAAAUCUGAAUGGUUUACUCAUAUAAAUACUAUUAUCUCAGGAAGUAAAAAAGUAGCUUAGGCAAUUUAUGACUCACAUCAUGUAGUUGUUCAUUGUAGUGAUGGAUGGGAUAGAACUGCUUAAUUAUUGAGCUUAUCUUAAAUUUUUUUAGAUCCAUAUUUUAGGACUAUUCAAGGAUUCGAAGUUUUAAUUGAAAAAGAAUGGAUUAGCUUUGGACAUUAGUUUAAUAUAAGAAGUGGACAUGUUAGUAAAAAUCAUUCCGAUGAAUAGAGAGCACCUAUUUUUAUAUAAUUCUUAGAUUGUGUUUAUUAAAUCACAAAGUAAUUUCCUCUGUCUUUUGAAUUUAAUUCAAUAUUCUUAAGAGAUAUUGCUUUUCAUGUUUUCUCUUGUCAAUAUGGAACUUUUUUACAUAAUAGCUAUUAAGAAAUAUAAGUGCAUAAAACAAGAUAAAAUACAGUUUCUUUAUGGAGUUAUAUUAAUAAUAGAAUUACUGAGUAUCAAAAUCCAUAUUAUAUAUAAGAAUAAAUCUACAAUAUUAAUUACCUUGAACCAGAUAGUUCUAUUCGAUCAUUUUCUCUUUGGAAAGAAUAUUUUUUAUAAUAUCAAAACGGAAUAACCGAUUAAUAUAAAAUAUACCAAUAAUGUUAAUUUAAUGAGUAUUAUUUUAUAUUUACAUAUAAAACUUUUUAUUUAUUUAUCAUAUUAUUAGAGAUAACUCUAUGGUGCUUUUCAAACAUAUUAAAAUGA